GCCGCCGCAGAAUAACAAAAAAAUAGCAAAUCAAAAUGGCGCACCAGCAACAACAACUGGCACAAUCGGUGAAUUGUUCAUUGGAUGAUAUCGAUUUGACGGCACUAAAGGAUCCGGCUGGCAUCUUUGAGCUCAUCGAGGUCGUUGGCAAUGGCACCUACGGCCAGGUCUACAAGGGCCGUCAUACAAAAACUGGUCAGUUGGCUGCCAUAAAGGUGAUGGAUGUCACCGAAGAUGAGGAGGAGGAGAUAAAGCUUGAGAUCAAUGUGCUUAAGAAAUACUCAAAUCAUCGCAACAUUGCCACCUACUAUGGUGCAUUCAUUAAGAAAUCGCCGCCCGGUAAAGAUGACCAGCUCUGGCUGGUUAUGGAAUACUGCGGCGCUGGCUCUGUCACCGAUCUGGUCAAGUCCACAAAGGGUCAAAGCCUCAAGGAGGAGUGGAUCGCGUACAUAUGCCGCGAAAUAUUGCGCGGCCUUAGCUAUUUGCAUUCGAACAAAGUCAUUCAUCGCGACAUCAAGGGCCAAAACGUGUUGCUCACUGAUAAUGCCGAGGUUAAACUGGUUGACUUUGGUGUCUCUGCGCAGCUGGAUCGUACGAUAGGCAGGCGCAAUACAUUCAUUGGUACGCCCUACUGGAUGGCACCGGAGGUCAUUGCCUGUGAUGAGAAUCCAGAGGCCACAUACGACAAUCGUUCAGAUUUGUGGUCUUUGGGCAUCACAGCUCUGGAAAUGGCUGAGUCACAGCCGCCGCUCUGCGACUUGCAUCCAAUGCGUGCGCUAUUCUUGAUACCGCGCAACUCGCCACCGCGUCUCAAAUCGAAGAAAUGGUCCAAGAAGUUUCAGGGCUUCAUUGACACGGUGCUAGUUAAGGACUAUCACCAGCGGCCUUAUACCGAGAAUCUGCUGAAGCAUGCCUUCAUUAAGGAUCAGCCAACGGAUCGACAGGUGCGCAUUCAGCUGAAGGAUCACAUCGAUCGCUGCAAGAAGCGCAAGCAGGAGAAGGAGCGCGAAGAUUAUCGCUACUCGGGCUCGGACAACGAUGACGACGAGCCACAGCUGGCCGGUGAGCCCAGCUCCAUUAUCCAGGCGCCGGGUGGCGAUACCCUGCGUCGCAACUUCCAACAAAUCCAAGAGGGACGCAUGGCCGCCGAACAGCAACAGCAGCAGCAGCAUCAUCAGCUGCUCGCCCAGGCCCAGGCCGCUGCCCAUGCCGCCGCCCAGGCCCAACUGCAUCAGCAGCAACAAGCUGCAGCCGCAGCAGCAGCAGCAGCGCAUGCAGCCCAGCAGGCGCAGGUGGCACAGCAGCAGCAGCAGGCGCAGGCUCAACAGCCACAGGCCAAUCGGCAACAGAAACCAACAUCGCGCCAACAGAUUGAGGAUCCUGGUCCGCCGGCACGUCCACAAUUGCCGCAGCGCCUGAUUGUGGUGCCAGAUCCACCGCAUGCCAAUCGACCAUUGCCACCGACGCCCAAGUGCGGUGAGCCAGCGGCACAAACGCCGCCCCAGCAGCAGCAGCGCAACUCUCAGAACAAUUUCAAGCCAUCGUUACCACCAAGGAGACCUGAGGAUCAUUUGGAUGUGUUAGCAGCACAAUUAAAUGAAUUGGGCGUGGUCUCCUCCCAACAGCCGCAGCCACAGACAGCAGCAGCAGGUGGACAACAGCUGGCACAGCCGGAGGCGCCGCCACGCAACAAUCGACAAUCGGGCGCUGGCAAUGGAGCCAUCUGUGUCUCAGCCUCAUCGUCGUCAUCGUCGUCCUCGAAGCCGGCAGCCGCAUUGCCAUCGCAGUCGAACAAUCAUCUCGGUCAGCCGGUAAAUCCUUUGGAUCCACUCGACAGCAGCGACUCGGACAGCGAACCGGACGAGCCCAACGAUCGGGCACGCAACGACGGCACACUACUGGCCAGCGAUCCGCCCAAACCGCUACCCGGCCUGGGACCCGUUUCCGAGGAUACGACAACAGCAACAACAACAACGACCACACCGCUGAGCCAUGGCAGCGGCGGUCCGCCCAAUCGGCCCUUGCCACCGACCCCGGAUGACGACGAUCAAGCCGGAGAUCGAACGCUGAUCAUGAAGCGCAAACUAGAACAAAACAUAAAUCGCUUACAAAAAUCCGCUUCCACUUCGCAUGCGCCGAGGCGAGUCGAGGACGUAAAGCUUCUGCACGAUUGGGACAUUGAUCGAUUCUUUCCCAAAAUACCGAACGCUGCUAGCGGCGGAGGUGGCGGCGGUGCUAGCAGCAGCAGCGGCAGCAGCAGCACCACAGCUAGCCUCAGCCGCAGCUCGAAUCUGAGCACGCUUAAAGUGGAGGCGAAACUGCAGCGCGCCAGCGUCGCUGAGGCCAUAGCUCGACCAGUGCCGAAAGGCUAUCAGCCGUUAAAAGGCGCCAGCUCCUCAGCUGGCGUUAACAUUGCCAAAGAGCGUAGCAGCAAUAGCAACUUAACGCAGCAGCAGCAGCCGCAGCCACCGUCGCAGCAGCUGCAGCACAAACGUCAGGAAUCCGACUCGAAGCUGCCGAGCUUUGUGCGCGGCUUUCGACGCGAGAACUCAGACUUUUUCCCGUUAGCUAAACGACAUUCGGCCGUGCUCAGUGGCAGCGCAGCCAGCAGCAGCAGCAACACCGGCAAUACUUCACAGCUGCAGUCGCCGCAGCUAGUGCAAGCGCAACGCGCCAGUGCCAUGUACCAAAGGAACAGCAUUUAUAACAGCAGUAUCAGCAGCAGCAAGGAGAACAACGCUGCCGCUGCAACGAAUAAGACCAAAGCGACAACUACAAAGCCAGCAGCAGCAGCGGCGGCGCCCACAAAGUCUAGUUGGGCUAAUUUAGAUUUUCUGCGUCCGCGUCGCGAAAAGACUGAGUCUGUCAUUGUGCUGCAGAAUGCAGCGGCGCGUGCGCAGCAGCAUCAGCAGCAACAGCAGCAACAACAAACACAGCAACAACAACAGCUACAACUACAGCAGCAGCAGCAGCCGCAGCAGAACCGUGGAGUAGCUGGCAGUGGAGCUGGCGGGGAUAACAGCGGCCUUGGCACCCCCGGCACACGCACCAGCAGCGUUCUGCCCGAUCUGCUUAGCCAGGCGUCGCCGGCUACGCCUCCGCGCCACGAUAAAUCAUCCAGUGAGGAGUAUCAAGCGGCCAUUAGCUCAUCCGUGCAUUCCACGCCAUCGAAAUCGUUUAUCGCUAGCAGCGGCGUCGGCAGCGGCAGCGGCAGCGGCAUCGGCGGCUGCAUCGUCAGCAGCAGCGCCGCCAACGUCAACGUCGGCGUUGGCGGCCAUGGCCAUGGCGGCGGCAGCGUUGUCGGUGGUGUAAUUAUUAGCGCUAAUAAUUCACCACAAUCAACCAUCUCGCUGGCCUCAUCCAAAUCGAAUUCGCGACAAAACUCGCCAAAGAAUUCGAUAAGUAAAACGCGUUCUUCCAGCAGUAUUACUAAUUUAUUGCAUAAAUCUGCUUCUUCCUCCUCUGCGAACAUUCUACACCUGACACCCAACUCAACGAUAACAUCAUCCACAUCAACCACAACCACAACGAACGCCUCCAAUCACUUGCCGCCGCAUGCGUACGCGCUGCAACAGAAACAACGCAGUUUUCUCACCUUUGGCUUUGGCGCUGGCGGCUCUGGACCGACGCGUCGUGAGUCGACGGUCAAUGUCAAUGUCACGCCCACAUCCCACGAGGCGGCCAACGAUACGCCCGAAAUUCGUAAGUAUAAAAAGCGUUUCAACUCGGAGAUCCUGUGCGCCGCUCUUUGGGGUGUCAAUUUGCUAAUUGGCACGGAGAAUGGACUCAUGCUGCUCGAUCGCUCCGGACAGGGCAAGGUAUAUCAGCUCAUCUCGCGUCGCCGUUUCCAGCAAAUGGAGGUGCUAGAGGGCCAAAACAUAUUGGUCACCAUAUCGGGCAAAAAGAAUCGCGUGCGCGUCUAUUAUUUAUCCUGGCUGAAGUCGAAGAUCUUGCGCACCGAUGGACUCUCCGAUCAAGUGGAGCGUCGCAAUGGCUGGAUAAAUGUGGGUGAUCUACAAGGUGCUGUACAUUUUAAGAUUGUCAAAUACGAAAGGAUUAAGUUCCUAGUGAUUGCAUUAAAAGACUCAAUUGAAAUUUAUGCAUGGGCGCCCAAACCAUAUCACAAAUUUAUGGCAUUUAAGAAUUUUGGUGAACUGGAACAUCGCCCGCUUUUGGUCGAUCUCACAAUUGAGGAUCAGUCGAGACUGAAAGUGAUUUAUGGUUCUGCUGAAGGUUUCCAUGCGGUUGAUUUAGAUUCAGCUGAAGUAUACGAUAUAUAUCUUCCUAAGCAUACUCAGGGUGCAAUCAUUCCCCAUUGUAUCGUGGCGCUUCCAAAUUCAAAUGGCAUGCAACUCCUUUUGUGCUAUGACAAUGAAGGCGUCUAUGUGAAUACUGCCGGUCGUGUAUCCAAGAAUAUUGUGCUGCAGUGGGGUGAAAUGCCUACCUCGGUGGCCUACAUUGGCACUGGACAAAUUAUGGGCUGGGGCAACAAAGCAAUAGAGAUACGUUCCGUUGAGAGCGGCCAUUUGGAUGGUGUGUUCAUGCACAAGAAGGCGCAACGCUUGAAAUUCCUUUGCGAGCGCAAUGACAAAGUAUUCUUCAGCAGUGCCAAAGGUGCUUCAUCGUGUCAAAUCUAUUUCAUGACGCUCAACAAGCCGGGCAUGGCCAAUUGGUAAAGGGCCGUCGGGCAGACCCUCAACCCACUUCUUUGUUUUUUAUUUUGGCAACUGAACAACAACAACAACCACAUUUUCUACUUAUUUUACAACUUACAAAAACGAAA